AUGGCGUCGCUGGGACGGAAUGCGACCGCUGUGGCGCAAUGAGCGAGAGCUGGGUCGGCUGAGGCGAAUCGUGUACCGUCGUCACCAAGCCAGGGAUAAGAGGAUAGUCACUUCAGUGCCGGUGAUAUGCAGCUUCCGUGGUUCAGUUCCUCAAGGGCUUGUGCUUGAAAUUGGAGAAACAGUUCAGAUCCUGGAAAAAUGUGAAGGAUGGUUCCGAGGGUUUUCAACCAAAAAGCCUACAGUCAAGGGCCUCUUUCCUGCAAGCUAUAUCCACCUGAAGGCGGCUGUUGUCAGUAACCGAGGCCAGUUUGAGACAGUGGUUCCAGUGGAAGAUUCAAUUGUAACUGAGGUCACAGCCACAUUACAAGAAUGGGUAAUGCUUUGGAAACAGCUCUAUGUGAAACACAAGGUGGAUUUAUUUUACAAACUGCGCCAUGUAAUGAAUGAACUGAUUGAUUUGCGGAGACAACUUCUAUCUGGUCACCUGACCCAAGACCAAAUCCGUGAUGUCAAACGACACAUCACAGUCCGCCUGGACUGGGGAAAUGAACAGAUGGGCAUGGAUUUAGUUCCCAGAAAGGACUUUGAAAUGGUUGAUCCAGAACAGCUAAGCGUCGCAGAUCUCUACAAACUACACUUGUCCAGUAGACACAGCAUACAGCAAAGUACUGCACAGACAGAUACCAUGAGGCACCGACAUGGUGACACAUGCCGCAUCCCUGUUCCCCACCAUCUCUUCCUGAAUAUGAAGAGCUUUACCUACCACACCAUUGGAGAGGAUACAGAUAUCUUUUUUUCUCUUUACGACAUGCGAGAGGGCAAACAGAUCAGUGAGAGGUUUAUGGUGAGGUUGAACAAGAAUGGAAUGCCGAGAAACCCUGAGAAAAUAGAGCGGCUGUGUGCCUUAUUUACGGAUCUCAGUAACAAGGAUCUGAAGCGAGAUCUCUACAUAGUUGCUCAUGUAAUACGAAUAGGUCGGAUGUUAUCCAAUGAUUCGAAGAAAGGCCCUCCUCACGUGCAUUACCGACGCCCAUAUGGUUGUGCAGUGCUGAGUAUGAUGGACGUUCUGCCGUCGAUUGCUGAACUCCGAGAGGAAAAGGAUUUUGUGUUGAAAGUUUACACGUGCAAUAAUGAAAAUGAGUGGUAUCAAAUCCAUGAAAAUAUAAUUCGCAAAUCUAGCAACAAAUACAAUGCUGCCAGCACAAAUUACGGAAUGAUCAUCUCUGUGCAGCUUCUUCGCGGUGACAUGGAGCACAUUCGCAGAGAAAAUCCCAUAAUCUUUAACCGGGGUGCGGCCAUCACUCGCAAACUGGGCUUCCCUGAUGUCAUCAUGCCAGGUGACAUCAGGAACGACUUGUAUCUGACGUUGGAACGAGGGGAUUUUGAGAGAGGUGGAAAGAGUGUACAGAAGAAUAUUGAAAUAACAGUUUACGUCCUUUAUGCAGAUGGAGAGACACUGAAGGACUGUAUCAGUCUUGGUUCCGGAGAGCCCUCUAUAAGUGAACAUUGCUCCUUUGUGAUGUACCACAACAACAGUCCACGUUGGGGCGAGAUCGUCAAACUGCCCAUUCCUGUUGACAAGUUUAGAGGCUCACACCUUCGAUUUGAGUUCAGACACUGUUCCACAAAAGACAAAGGUGAAAAGAAACUGUUUGGUUUUGCAUUUACACCAUUAAUGCGAGACGAUGGUACAACACUUUCAGAUGAUGUCCAUGAGCUAUAUGUCUACAAGUGUGAUGAAAACAGCACUUUCAGUAACCAUGGUCUGUACCUGGGUCUCCCCUGCUGUAAAGAGGACUUCAACGGCUGCCCCAACAUCCCAUCCAGUCUCAUAUUUCAGCGAAGUACCAAGGAGUUCUUUUGGAUCUCGACCUUACUCUCAUCUACUAAACUGACCCAGAAUGUUGACCUCCUUGCACUUUUGAAAUGGAAAGCACAGCCAGACAGGGUGAUGGACAUCCUUGGGAGACUACGCCAUGUCAGUGGUGAAGAAAUAGUUAAAUUUUUACAGGAUAUUUUAGACACCUUGUUUACAAUUUUAGAUGACAACACCGAGAAAUAUGGGCUACUGGUAUUUCAAUCCUUGGUGUUCGUAAUAAAUUUGCUGCGGGACAGCAAGUAUUUUCAUUUCCGCCCGGUGAUGGAUACCUACAUUCAGAAGCACUUUUCUGGUGCAUUGGCAUACAAGGAGCUAAUCCGGUGUCUGAAGUGGUACAUGGAUCGAUCUGCAGAAGUUGUGAGACAAGACCACAUUCAAGAGGCAAUGAGGGCCUUGGAGUAUUUGUUCAAGUUUAUUGUGCAGUCACGGAUCUUAUAUUCAAGAGCAACUGGUGGAAUAGAAGAGGAGCAGUUUCGUGCCAGCGUUCAGGAGCUCUUUCAGUCCAUCCGUUUUGUCCUGAGUUUGGAUAGCAGAAGUUCUGAGACCCUCAUCUUCACACAGGCAGCUCUUCUCAAUUCCUUCCCGGCAAUCUUUGACGAAUUGCUGCAGAUGUUUACAGUGCAGGAGGUGGCUGAGUUUGUGAGGGGAACACUGGGCAGCAUGCCCAGCACGGUGCACAUCGGACAGUCUAUGGAUGUAGUCAAGCUGCAGUCCAUUGCACGGACAGUAGACAGCCGUCUCUUUUCAUAUCCAGACUCCCGUCGGAUCCUGCUGCCCGUGGUUCUCCAUCACAUUCAUUUGCACCUGCGGCAGCAGAAGGAGUUGCUCAUCUGCUCUGGAAUCCUCAGCAGCAUCUUUUCCAUCAUGAAGUCAAGCUCCCUGGAGUGCUCAGUGUCAGAAGAGGUAGAGAUGAUGGUCGAAAGCCUUCUUGAUGUCCUACUACAGACCCUGCUUGCUAUCAUGAAUAAGUCCCAGAUGGCGGAGGUGGUAAGAGGACAGCGCUGCCCACAGUGCACAGCGGAGAUAACUGGGGAGUACGUCACCUGCCUACUGUCCCUGCUUCGGCAAAUGGCAGAUAACCACUACCAACAAUUACUGGAUAAUUUCCAGAGCAAGGAGGAGCUCAAGGAUUUCUUAUUAAAAAUAUUCUGUGUGUUCCGUAAUUUAAUGAAGCUGAGUGUCUACCCACGUGACUGGAUGGUGAUGAGACUUCUAACCAGCAAUAUUAUUGUUACAACAGUCCAAUACCUGUCUCCUGCAUUGCACAAGAACUUCACAGAAGCAGAUUUUGAUUUCAAGGUGUGGAACUCAUACUUCAGUUUGGCUGUCCUUUUUAUAAAUCAGCCAAGCCUUCAACUAGAGCAUGCCUCUACUGCUAAAAGGAAGAAGAUUCUGGACAGGUAUGGUGACAUGAGAGUGAUGAUGGCUUAUGAACUCUUCAGCAUGUGGCAGAAUCUGGGUGAAAAUAAGAUUCAUUUUAUCCCAGGGAUGAUUGGUCCCUUCCUUGGUGUCACACUGGUGCCACAAGUUGAGGUACGGAAUGUAAUGAUCCCAAUCUUCCAUGACAUGAUGGACUGGGAGCAGCGAAAGAAUGGCAAUUUCAAACAGGUGGAAGCGGAGCUCAUCGACAAACUGGAUAGUCUGGUGUCAGAUGGAAAAGGAGAUGAAAAUUACCGUGAGCUCUUCAGCCUCCUCACCCAGCUCUUUGGGCCUUAUCCUAGCUUAUUAGAGAAGAUUGAACAAGAGACAUGGAGAGAGACUGGCGUUUCCUUCGUAUUAUCAGUAACUCGCUUAAUGGAGCGACUGCUGGACUACAGGGAUUGUAUGAAAGGGGAUGAAACUGAAAAUAAGAAGAUUGGCUGUACUGUUAAUUUGUUGAAUUUUUACAAAUCGGAGAUUAACAAGGAGGAGAUGUAUAUCCGUUACAUCCAUAAACUGUGUGACAUGCAUCUGCAGGCUGAUAAUUAUACAGAGGCAGCGUUUACGCUAAUGUUGUACUGGGAACUGCUUCACUGGGAGGACAGACCCUUGCGGGAGUUCCUUCACUACCCAGCACAAACCGAGUGGCAACGUAAAGAAGGACUGUGCCGACAGGUUAUCAACUACUUCAACAAGGGCAAGUGCUGGGAGUACGGAAUCCCUCUCUGCCGGGAAUUGGCCAGUCAGUAUGAAGUCUUCUACGAUUACCACAGUCUCAGCUGGAUCCGGAAAAUGGAAGCUGCAUAUUAUGACAACAUAUUAGAGCAGCAACGUCUGGAACCAGAAUUCUUUAGGGUAGGGUUUUAUGGCAGGAAGUUUCCAUUUUACCUGCGGAACAAGGAGUUUGUGUGUCGUGGUCACGAUUAUGAGAGACUGGAGGCCUUUCAGCAGAGGAUGCUGACUGAAUUCCCACAAGCCAUUGCCAUGCAGCAUCUCAACCAGCCAGAUGAAACCAUUCUGCAGUCUGACGCACAGUAUCUGCAGAUUUAUGCAGUGUGCCCAAUUCCAGAGAAUGUAGAAGUUCUCCAGAUGGAGAGGGUUCCAGACCGAAUCAAGAGCUUCUACCGUGUAAACAACGUCAGCCGCUUUCGAUACGACAGACCCUUUCAUAAAGGCUCAAAGGACAAGGAGAAUGAGUUCAAGAGUCUCUGGAUUGAACGCACCACCUUGACGCUUACACACAGCUUACCUGGAAUCUCCCGCUGGUUUGAAGUAGAGAAGAGAGAGGUGUUGGAGGUGAGCCCCUUGGAAAAUGCCAUCUAUGUUGUGGAGAACAAGAACCAGGAGCUGCGAACUCUCAUCAGCCAAUACCAACACAAGCAGCUGCACGCCAACAUUAAUCUUCUUAGCAUGUGUCUAAAUGGAGUCAUAGAUGCAGCCGUCAAUGGAGGAAUAGCCAGAUACCAGGAGGCAUUCUUCCAAAAGGAGUACAUAGUGAGUCAUCCAGAGGACAGUGAGAAGAUCAGUCAGCUGAAGGAGCUGAUGCAGGAACAGGUUCAUAUCCUUGGAGUGGGAUUGGCAAUCCAUGAGAAAUUAGUGCAUCCAGAAAUGCGACCCCUCCAUAAGAAGCUGAUAGACCAGUUUCAGAUGAUGAGGUCCAGCCUUUGCCACGUAACAUUCCAUCUUUCUAUAUAGGAUCUUCCUGGAAUGGACAAGAUCAGUCCUGCGUGCUCUGGUUCUAGCACACCACGUGGCAGCCUGAUGUCCAGUCAUAAUCCCAUGAGUCCAGAGACUAUCAAGCUCGUACACAGGCACAGCCCAUUGAACCUACUUGGCUCCAACAGGCACUCCUCAUCCUCACUAUCCUCACAGGCAUCCAGUGAGGUUGGAAACCUUGUCAUCCUCACAGACAGCCUUGCUGGAGAAACUCCUGAUGACCCAUUCCGCAUGCAGGCAAGUCCGUCCACCUCUAGCCUGAGCUCUACGCACUCUGCACCCUCACAGAUGAUCAACUCAGCUCCGUCCAGUGCUCGAGGUUCCCCAUCAUUGUCCGAUAAGUACCGUCACUCACGGGAGAUUGUGAUGUUGCUGCCUCCUCACAGGGACAGACCGAGCAGUGCCAUGUAUCCAGCCAUGAUGGAGAAUGGCCAGCCUACUAGUUUCCAGCGGGCUCUGAUUCAACAGGUGGUCGGACCCUGCAAACCGUGCAGUGAUCCCAACCUCUCUGUCGCUGAAAAGGCGGUGCCAGCAGCUCCCAGUAGCUGGAGUCUAGACAGUGGAACCAGGGACACAAUACCAUUCCUGUCAGCACAUGUGGGCACCAUUGUGGCACCCCCAGUACCACCUCGCUCAUUGCCACCUGGUCAUUUUUCCAUGAAUUUUGAUGCUUUCCAUCACCACAUCAGCGAUAUACCACCUGCCUUGCCUGCACGAACGCUACGCAAGUCUUCACUGCAUCCCAUUCCUGCAUCACCUACCAGCCCCCACUCAGGCCUUGAUGGCAGUAAUUCUACUCUGUCUGGCAGCGCCAGCAGCGGGGUGUCCUCUUUGAGCGAAAGCAAUUUUGGCCAAUCAAUGGAACCACCACGCACUGACAUGACAGAUUCUGUCCCCAGUCAGACCUGGAACCCAGACGAAGAUGGGGAAGCCCCUUACAUACCAGUAAGGUACAGCCUGUCUGAACCAGAUGUCAUAGAAUCGGUGAAAGCUCACCCAUGCCGCAGCCACUCUGCCCCUACUGGAGUUAUUCCUAAGGAGCCUGCAGAAAUCCCAACCUUGCCCCCCAAACCAUAUUACCCCAGGCCUACUUACACAGACAAUGAAGAAACACUUGAAGAAGGGAGCAGGUCAAAGGUUUUCACACGCAAACUGUCUCAGUCUGGCCACAGUGGUAAAGAGGAUCAGGCCAAAGUACCAUGGGAACAUGGCAUCAAUGAAGAAUAG